CAGCCACCAUCAUGACAACACAUAAUUCUCACAGCCUAAAUCGCAACACCUUUCCUUGCAACCAAAGCCAACCUUCUAGCUAGCUAGCUAAUCUAAGCUAUAGUGUGUUGUUGUGAAGUGGAGUACUAGCUAGCUACCACUCUAUCUUCUUCUUCUUCUACCUCCUCCUUUAUAUCUUGCCCCUCACAUGCACGCAUGCCUCUCCAUCUCCAUUGCCGUCCUAGCUAGCUAGCUAAGCUAGUACACUAGCUAGGCCAUGGCAUGGUGGUGAUCAAGAAAGCGAGAGAGGUGGAGCGGCAAUGGCGGGCGGGUGCAAGGCGGCGAUCGGGUGCGUGGACGCGCGUGUGCCGGUGAGGGCGAGCUACGUGAGCCUGUACAAGUGGCCGGAGUCGGACGCGGAGUUCGUCAGGUCGGUGGCCAUGGCGCGGCGCCACGGCGGCGAGGCGGCGGCGGCGGCGCCGCCGCCGGAGAGCCCCGCCGUGCCGCACCACUACUACUACAACGGCAGCGGCAGCGCGCGGCGCGGCGGCGGCGAGGGGUGGUACUACUGCAGCCCGAGGGUGGUGGACAGCUACUCGUGCCGGCAGAUCUACCUCCGCAGCUACACCUUCUCCAAGAAGAAGGAGACGGUGCCGGAGCGCACAAUGGCGUGCCUCGGCCGCGUCAGGGACCGCGGCGCCGCCGUCUUCCCCUUGUUCAUCCCGCACCGCGCCGGCAGCGGCGGCGGCGGCGGCUCCGACGCCGGCUCUGUCAACAGCGCGAGCAGCAUCACCAGGGAGACGGCCUCCACCGCCGGUGACAGGAAGAGGAUCAGGCGGCGGCGGAGCAGCAAGGGGUGCGCCGUGGCGCGGAGGCUGCAGGAGGCGUCGUGCGGCGCCGUGCGCGCGCUCUUCCACCGCCUCCUCGCCUGCACCACCAGCGUCGAGGUCGCCGACGCCGGCGAGCCGACGUCAUCACGCUGAACACUAGGCGCGCGCAUGCGAGCUAGCUGCUCUAGCUAAGCUUGUGUGUUUCACCGUGUUUUUUCGUGUGCUAUACAGUAAAUUAAAUUAAAAUUCCUCCUCUCGAGUUAAGUUAAGUACAGUAGCUAGCAAGCAGUAAUUUUAUUUAUUUCCACGAGUAGUAAUUAAACUAGCAAUAUGUAUGCUUGGACACGUAUCGAUCGGCUGCCUACUUGUAUUGUGAAUUUGUGAUGUAAGUUAUUUGUGUUUAUGUUACUCUAUUUAUUACCACUUGUCAUAUA